AAGAAAUGGGAAAGAAGAAAAAUAAGAGAAGUCAUGACGAGCCUGAGCUUGAAUCGACGCCAGAGCUAACGACAAGAAUCGACGGAGACUUUCAAAAAAAGAAGAAGAAGAAGAAGAGAAGCCAUGAGGAUCCGGAGAUGGGUCCGGAGCAAAAAGUGAGUCUCGACGGAGACGCGAAGAAGGAGAAGAAGAAAAAGAAGAAGAAGAGCCAAGAGGAGGAGCCGGAGCCGGAGCAAACGAAAAUUCAAGAGGAGGAGAAGCGAAAUGUAGAAGAAACGAAUAACGAGUGCAGACCCACUGUUAGCAUAGCCAUAGCUGGUUCCAUCAUCCACAACACUCAAUCACUCGAGCUCGCCACACGCCUCGCCGGCCAGAUUGCUCGUGCAUCCACAAUUUUCCGAAUCGACGAGAUUGUAGUGUUCGACAAUAAGAGCAGCUCAGAAAUCGACUCUGCUGUUACGAAUCCUUCUGAUAACAAUGAAAGUGGUGCCUCUUUUCUCGUUCGUAUCUUGAAGUAUCUAGAGACACCACAAUAUUUGAGGAAAUCUCUCUUCCCCAAGCAGAAUGAUCUUAGAUAUGUGGGUAUGUUGCCACCUCUUGAUGCUCCUCACCAUCUUCGUAAGCACGAGUGGGAACAAUACCGUGAAGGUGUGACGCUGAGAGAAAAGGCACCAAACUCUGAGAGUACAAUGGUUGAUGUGGGUUUAAGCAAGAGUGUCGUUGUUGAUCAAGUGCUUGGCCCAGGACUUAGAGUCACUGUAGCCAUGGGAACCAACCACGAUUUAGAUUUGGUACGCCAGAUUGUUCCGCUCUCUAAGCCAAGGGAAGAAGCAGGAAUGUAUUGGGGAUACAAAGUACGAUAUGCAUCACACUUAAGUUCAGUAUUCAAUGACUGCCCUUUUGAGCAGGGUGGUUAUGAUUAUUUGAUCGGUACCUCGGAGCACGGCCUAAAAAUUAGUUCAUCAGAGCUGAAAUUACCAACAUUUAGGCACCUAUUGAUUGCAUUUGGUGGACUCGCUGGGCUUGAAGAAAGUAUUGAAGAAGAUAAUCAGUAUAAGGGGAAAAACGUUCGAGAAGCGUUCGAUAUAUACUUGAAUACUUGUCCACAUCAAGGAAGCCGAACCAUCCGAACGGAGGAAGCGAUGUUUAUAUCACUUCAGUACUUCCAGGAACCCAUUAACAGGGCAGUGAGAAGACUCGAAGCUUGAUAAAAGAGUCAAAGAAGAAGCUACUCUUCUUCUCAUGGAUUUGAGGUCUUUUUGAAGAAGAGUGAUGUACUGUAAUUCAUGUUGAGAAAACUUCUAAAUGAUGUUUUAGAAUUUGGAUCAAGUUAUGUUCUCAACAUUACUAUCCCAAUUUCGGUGUAUCAAAUUUUGUCUCCAAUGGUAGCACAAGAAAUGUAGUCAUCU